AUGCGACAAACUCAGCAGCGCCAAGGCCGCGUAGAGGAAUUGGAGCGCGAUUUGCUCUUGUUCAAGAACCAAUAUGACAAUGAUCAGCAACUUUUGCAACGAUAUGAUUCCCGAGUCAAGACCCUAGAAAACGAAAUGGCGGCAUUCAACGACAAUGCAACACAACAAGUGCUCGCAAAGAGAUUUAUGGGAGAGCUUGGCAACAAGUGCAACGAUUAG